GGCGAGGAGGGCCCCCGGGUGGACGCGCGCGUGCUGGCCUGGGGAGUCGCGAGUGGGUGAAGGAACUGAGGUCCAGAAGUGAAGUUAUAAGCCUCAAAUCAUCCAACCAGAAAUUGAACACAGGUGUCCUGGCUCCAAAUUCCAAUUCUAUUACUUAUUCCUGUUUGACUUUGGAUUGGCUCUCAGGCCCCCACAGAGCUGCUGGUCAGGAUGGAUGAAGACCUCCUGCCCAAUUCACAUGUGCUCAUCAGUGGCAGUAAAUCAAUUCUGAAAUCAGAACUCUUAUCUCUGCUCAAAACAUACAAUUGUUAUCAUGAAGGAAGAAGCUUCCAGCUGAGACAUCGAGAGGAAGAAGGCGAGCUGAUCAUCGAAGGGCUUCUCAACAUAUCCUGGGGACUGAGGCGACCCAUCCGGCUCCAGAUGCAGGAUGAUAAUGAGAGAAUCCACCUCUCUUCAGCUCCGUGGAAGAAAGACCUGCCUACUAUAAGCCAAAAGGGACUUCCCCAGGGUGCCAGAGAGACCAUUGAACAGUCAAGUCCUCAUGCUGUGGUGAACUCAGAAAGCUCUGGCGCUGACUCAACAGAUUCUAUAAAUGGUGAAGAGGAGACACCACAGCUCAUGCGAACAAAAAGUGAUGCAAGUUGCAUGAUUCAGCGGAGAUCAAAAUGUCGUACACCGGGAGAAGCUCAGAAGAUAAAGCGGCAUAGAUUCUCAAUCAAUGGGCAUUUCUAUAACCACAAGACCUCAGUGUUUACUCCUGCCUAUGGCUCCGUGACCAAUGUGAGAGUCAACAGCACCAUGACAACUGUCCAAGUGCUGACCCUGCUUCUGAACAAGUUUAGGGUUGAAAAUGGCCCCAGCGAGUUUGCACUCUAUGUCGUUCAUGAAUCAGGGGAACGCACAAAAUUAAAAGACUGUGAAUAUCCACUGAUCUCAAGAAUCCUACACGGGCCAUGUGAGAAAAUUGCCAAAAUAUUUCUGAUGGAAACGGACUUGGGAGAAGAAGUUCCUUAUGAUGUCGCUCAGUACAUUAAGUUUGAAAUGCCGGUGCUGGACAGUUUUGUUGAAAAAUUAAAAGAAGAGGAGGAAAGAGAAAUAAUCAAACUGACUCUGAAGUUCCACACUCUCCGCCUGAUGAUGUUGCAGCGCCUGGAGCAGCUGACAGAGCCAGAAGAGCUGGCUUAGCAUCUGGUUUCCAGGAUGACCAGAGAUAGCAAUGUCGGGAUGUGGAAAAGACUACAGGAUGCAACCACCUGAAGCCAAUCAGCUGUGAUCUUUGAUAUUCAUCCUCUAAUUGCCACUUAAACCAAUCCCCCAGAACAACUGGGGGAUGGACACACUAUUUAUCUGUAUGGCACUAACACCUUGUCUCUUGCUAUUAAUCACAUUGCUCCACAUCUGGAGUUGUUCACUCAUCACUGUGGGGACCAGACCAGACCUUAGGGGAAAGGGAACUUUGAUAUAAGGUACCUACAGCUGACCUCUUGCUUUUGCAAGAGGAUUCCUCAGAGCUUGGCACAACCCUCCUGAUUGCUUGGUAAUGGGGAUUAGUAGUAGGCCACGUGGUAUGUGUGGGGAGGAGUGAUAGGAACCACUGGUUGCCAUCCCUGCUGCCCUUGGGGUGGCAGGUGCCUGAGUAGCGGGUGUGUCAGGACAGCCCAUCUGUUCUUUGCCUUGGGUAAUGUCUCUGAAUAACCUAUGCCCACUGGUCCUUUUGUCACCACGAAGGGGUGGUGUGUACAUCACAUAAUUUGUGUUCUCUCCUUUUGCCUCUGGACUAUGAAUUCACCAUAACUCACACAAUGUGGGUGUGCUGCCAUGCUAGAAAACACCGGUCUACUGAUGGUCAACAGAGUCGACUUUGAAAUACAGGUAUUUGUAACAAUGCCUACUUCAAUAUGGUUUGGCCUUGAAUAUUAGGCUGUCAUGAAUCUCUUCAGUACAAACCUGAAAGCCAAAGUCACUUACAUUUUUCCCCUGUCCCCCUCCAAAAGUCAGUCGUACAAAUGUUUCAGUCCUGGUUCUUUACGAAAGCAAUGAGAUUUGUGGAACUUGUAUCAGGUAACUCAUUAUGGGAACACUUCCAGUUUGUUUUGGUCACUUUUGAAAGGGUGUUACCACUCUAUUAGCAUGGGUAUAGGUCCAAGGGAAGGACUAGUUUUCACAAUGUGCCCAGAUAACCAUAAGACAAAAUAUUAAAUGAGAAGGGUAUCAGAGAGGGGCAAAACAAAGUGCUUUAUGUGGCCCAAGUGGAAGAAGGUGAUGCCCAGGGGCAUGUAACUACUAUUUCUACCUCUGAAACAGUGAGUAUAAUGCUUAUUAAUUCCUUCAAAGUGACACUGAAGUCAUGAAUGCUUGCAUUGGGAGGAAAGGGCUUCAAGUUCCCAAGAAAUGCGAUACUGAAGAAAUCUUGUAUUUUUCUGCUAAGGAAAAAUUCCGGGAAUGAAGUGGCCUUUGCAAAAAUAUGCAUUCACAGGGAACAGCCACUGGAAAUGCUUGGUCAAAACAGAACCAAACCUCUUGCCUAGAUUCACUUUUGGGACCACAGUUUCAUGACCUAGCUCCCCAGCCAUCUUCUAACCCUUUCCCCUAAUAAGUUGAUAACAACUUUGGAGCAAAUGGAUUUCUGAGAGCUCCAAAGUCAACAAGCAUUUAUUAAGCACUUAAUGAUCAUAAUUGUCUUCUUUGCACAUAAAAGUUGCAUCCCUGGGAGCAUGAGCCAAGAUCAGCUGAAACUCACUUGUCCUGCCCAUGCCCUCAAGGGAUUUAGGAGAAAUCUGUGUGCGCUUUUUUUUUUUCCCUAAACCAGAUCUGUGAUUUCAUCACUGUAGUAAAUUCCCUCUUCUAAGGCAGCUAAGUACCUGCUCUGAAGGUUAUAAUCUAACGGAAUUAGUUGCCUGUGUCACUGAGACAUUAAAUUACUUGUCUCGGCUCCCAUAGACAAUACAUGUUGGUGUCAGGACUUGAACUCAGCUCUUCUUCACCGUGGGGCCAGCUCACCAUCUAUAAUGUCUGGUUGUCUCUCUGUGUACACUUGUGACACAACAAUUCCUGUGUCUGUGUCCCUGGGCCUGAUAUGGAUCACUUCUGGUUGUGUUGAACCAGUAAAAAUUGAGAAUAUUUAUUUCAAGAUUUUCCUGAAACCUGUUCUGAUCUCACUCUGUGCAAGCUGUGAAUGAGAUCUAGUCAUUGUCCUAUAAAAGUUUUUAUUAACAGAGACUCAAGAAGCUCCUCUCUCAGUGAAGGUGGAGGAAUAAUAGCUAAGAGAGCGUGCUCUUUAAAAUUGUUUGCUUGUGCACAUUGCCUGCUUCCUCGGACCUUUGGGUCUUGUCCCCUCACUAUGGGUGUUGAAUGAUGUUUGGCAGUUAAGUCCACUUCUGCUCCCUAUUAAAGACAAAAUAUAAUCUCUUUGAAUUCCCCAGUACAUUUCCAUCAGCUGGACUGAAUCUAUAGGCCUUAUUUAAGAGACAUUGGAGAGGAGAUAUUUGGAAUUAACCAUGGUUUGUAGAGUAAGUGCCCUGUAAGAUUCUAAGCAUUGGAAACCUAUUGCAAAGACCAACCUUUGGGUUUGGGGGCUUCCUCUAAUUGCGCUUAUUUUUUCCUCUCUUUUUUCCCUACUGUAUACAAUCCAUUUGUUCAAAAUUUUAGAAAAAUUAGCCAAGAGAAGACAAAUAGAAAGCUGCUUUCUUCCUCUAUAAGUUUGAGUAUUUGAAGAUAGCUGUUUACUACACACAUACAAAUAAAGCUUCAAUAUUUUUCUAAAACA